AUGGCAAGCCGACGGGCAUCGUUCAAGCAAGGACGAAAGGGUGGACAAAAACAGCCGUACAUGAGCAAGAAUAUGAAAAAGAAGCUGAAACAGGAGCAAGCGGGUCGGCCACCGAAAACAAAGUACCAGCGCAACCUGAAACAUAUCGAGCGGGCUCGGGAAGCGAUCCAGGCACAGAAGCGGCAGAUCGAGACGGAGCGUAAGUAUCGCCAGGAAGUGAACAGUGCCGCUGGUGCGGUUGGGUAUGCGUCCAGCGAUACGGAUGCGUCGGAUGGUGGUGAGAAGGGAACGGGAACGAUUGAAGAUUUGGCGACCGAAUUUAAUGAACAGAUUGGACAGACGGUAGAGAGUGAGGAUGAGAGAGAUUCUGCAAUGGAGGACGCCGAGCAAGAGCAGGAUGAUAGUGGUGCGUUGGCAUCUUAUUCGGAUAAUGAUGCGGAAGAAGAGGGAGAAGCGCUGGAUGUAGAGGAAGAUGAGGAGUACGAAGAGCUAUUACCGGACGUAAGUGAUCUGGCGUCCGACGAGGAUGAUCCAUACUUGUUACAUACAGCGCACAACUUAAGUACAUCGCUGGUGGAAGCGCUUGAUGCGGAACCACCACGUGUCGAAACGACUACCAUGUCGUUUGGUAGUCUGGGCCACGUGGUCGUUGAGGUGCCGAAAGUUCGUCCCACCAGCACCAAGUCGGAAGUGAGAGGGAAACCGGGCACACUUCUCACCGUACCGGAAGCUUCCGACGAGGAUACUAUCGAGUGGGGCAAGUUACAUGUGAAGGAUCGGAUUGUGCACAACAUGACAGAAAAGAUGGAUGCGUUGCAGCGUGAUACGUUUGCGAUACUGAACGGCUAUCGGGAUUUGUACCUUCCGCAGAGAAGCUUCGAGAAUGCGAACCGGUUGCGGUACGUCUACUGUCUGCACGUCCUGAAUCAUGUCCUGAAGGCGGUAAGCAAGAUACAGCACCACACAAUCAAAUUAAUCACCAACAGAAAGGCUGGCAGGAAGAAACCGGCCGAAGAUCAGUUCCGUCGAAGGUUGAAAGAGCAAAAAGAGGUGAAGGUGGGCGAGAAACCAACGGUCGGGGACGACGAGUACCGUGAUCAAGGGUUUGUCCGCCCGAAGGUGCUUAUCAUCGUACCGUUCCGUGAGUCAGCGCUUCGGUGUGUCACCGUGCUGAAGCGACUGUUUGCCGGUGACCAGGAGAGCAGCGUCAUAAACUGGAAACGGUUCACUGACGAGUACGGUGGUGGACCGUCGUUACAUUUUCCCCGCCGCAACCCCAAGCACGCCGACUACGAGCGCACGUUUGCGGGCAACAUCGAUGACAACUUCCGGCUCGGCAUCGCCUUUAACCGGUCAACGAUGAAACUGUACGCGAAAUUUUACUCGUCGGACGUAAUAAUCGCUUCACCGCUCGGCCUUCGGAUGACGAUCGGUGCGAAGGGUGAGCAGCACCGAGAUUACGAUUAUCUCGCCAGCAUCGAGCUGCUCAUCAUUGACCAGGCGGAGGUAUGCUACGCCCAAAACUGGGACAACAUCCUGCAUAUUAUGGACCAUCUGCACCAACAGCCAAAAAGCACAGAAUACACGGAAUUUUCACGCGUUCGCGAAUGGUGCCUUAACGGAUGGUCCAAAUUUUACCGUCAAACCGUACUACUGUCCGCCUUUGAGGUGCCUGAGUUCCGGUGGCUGUACAACAAACAUUUCCGCAAUUACCGUGGCAAGGUACGCUUGUGCAACCGCCCAACGUUCGGCACCGUCAAGAACGUGGUGUUGCGCGUGCCACAAAGCUUUCUUCGCAUCGAAACGGCCACACUGGCCAGUGCCGGUACGGCUCGCUUUUCACACUUUCUGCACGUGGUCCUACCCCAAGCACGGUCCGUUACGAUGGCACGUUCCCUGAUUUACGUGCCGAGCUAUUUCGAUUUUAUCCGGCUGCGGAAUCACUUCAAAAACGAAGAACUUAGCUUUACGCAGAUCUGCGAGUACACGACGGAUGCGAAGAUAGCACGGGCCCGGGAUAUGUUCUACCAUGGCAGCAAACACUUUCUGCUCUACUCCGAGCGGGCACACUUCUUCCGGCGCCAUCGGAUACGGGGCGUUCGGCAUCUGAUCUUCUACGCACCGCCCGUCUAUCCCCACUUUUACUCAGAGCUGGUCAACCUGAUGACGAAGGAGUACCAGAAUCCACACGACGGGGUGGACGACGAAUCGAUGACGGUGACGGUACUGUACACGGCGUACGAUAUGUACCAGCUGACAGCGCUGGUCGGUGCAUCGAGGGCAAAGGCGAUGAUAAAAGCGCCCCGUUCGGUACAUCGGUUCUCCACCGAUCAGAAGUAA